AUGGCGUCGAGCCGGGUCUUCACCGUGGGGUUGAUAACAGCAUGGUACUCCUCAAACAUCGGAGUUCUGCUGUUGAACAAGUUCCUCCUAACAAAUUACGGUUUCAAGUACCCGAUCUUCCUCACCCUCUGCCAUAUGCUGGCUUGCUCUCUCUUGAGCUACAUUGCCAUUGCAUGGCUCAAGGUGGUUCCCAUGCAGAGCAUCAGGUCGAGGGUCCAGUUCAUGAAGAUAUCGUCGCUCGGUUUCAUCUUCUGUUUGUCGGUCGUCGGCGGCAACAUCUCGCUCCGGUAUCUGGCCGUGUCGUUCAACCAGGCGGUGGGCGCCACGACGCCCUUCUUCACGGCGGUUUUCGCGUACUUGAUGACUCUCAAGAAGGAGGGCUGGCUCACGUACGUAACUCUUAUACCUGUCGUCACCGGCGUUAUUAUUGCCAGCGGGGGAGAGCCGAGCUUUCACUUCUUUGGAUUUAUGAUGUGCAUUAUUGCAACAGCAGCACGGGCGCUCAAGUCAGUUCUUCAAGGGAUACUGCUGUCGUCUGAAGCGGAAAAGCUAAAUUCUAUGAACCUCCUCAUGUACAUGGGACCUGUAGCUUGUGUGAUUCUUCUUCCUGCGGCACUUUUUAUGGAAGAGAAUGUGGUUGGGAUAGCCAUUGCUCUUGCAAGAGAUGAUGUGAGCAUAGUGUGGUAUCUAAUAUUCAAUUCUGCCCUUGCAUACUUUGUGAACUUGACCAACUUCUUGGUAACCAAGCACACAAGUCCCCUGACUCUCCAGGUGUUGGGGAACGCAAAAGGAGCUGUUGCUGUGGUUGUUUCAAUUUUGAUAUUCAGGAAUCCAGUAUCUGUAACUGGGAUGAUGGGUUAUGGUCUCACAGUAACAGGAGUAAUCCUCUAUAGUGAAGCCAAGAAAAGGGGUAGAUAA